UCCCUUCACUAGGACUUUGACCUUCCCAGUUCACCACUUACACCCCCUGUAAAGAUGUAUUUUGAAUGCAAAAAGCCAUAAGUGUGUAAAAUGCACCACACACCAGCACUGUCCUCACGGGGCUCUAGUGAGGAAGGCGCAGGCGGGUAUGUCUGGGCAGAAAGGGCUUUUGGAGCCCCUGUGUUCCAGCACCAGUGGGCCUUUAUCAUCUAGAGACUGGUAAUGCCUCCUGGAUCGUAGGACACUUCCCAGGCUCUUCACCAGGCCCAGUCACCCCACCCCCGCCACGAGAGUGGGUGAAGGUACAGAGCAGAGUGGGCCCCACAGCCUGUGUGCCCCAUUGUUUGCUGAGACAGAGCAGGCGCUCAGCGGGGAGGAUGCCCCGAGUACAGGAAGGUCAGCAACACUGGCCUUGACCCUCCUGACCACUUGGGGUGGAAAUCAGCUGCCUUCAGCGAGUACAUGGGCUGUCAGCUUGACCUGUCGCUGGCCACCCUUGGCACUGUGCUUUCCCUUCUGGUAGAGAAUUGCUUCUCUGUACCCGUGGGACACAAAACAGGCCAAGGAGGCUGAGUCGAGUGUGGCGGGGAAGGCUGUGGACUGGAGGACAGCGCCCACUGGCACCCACAGUCCUCUGGGCCCUUCCCAGGCCCCACCCCCUGCAUGCUGCCCUUGCCAGGCACAGCCAGCUGUGUGGCUUGGGUUUGCCAGGCACUGUGCCGGGUGACCUGUCACUUCUCUAUUGUUCUUGGCACAGGCAACUCUGUGAACUGGGCUGAUAUAAAAAGAAAUUGAAAAUCAGUGUGGAAACUGGAACCUUUGCACACGUUGUUGGAAAAGCAAACUGGUGCAGCUACUGUGGGAACCAGUGUGGGGACUUAGGAAAAUCAGAAAUAGAGCCACCACGGGAUCCAGCAAUCCCGUUCUGGGUAUUUAUCCAAAGAAAAUACAACCAGGAUCUGGAAGAGAUGUCUGCACCCCGUGCUCGCAGAACUAUUCACAGUAGUCAGAGGUAACGGCACCGUAAGUGCCCACGGUGGACGAAUGGAUAAAGUGGUGCAUUUACUUAACAGACUCUUCUCCAGCCCUGCAAAAGGGGAUCCUGAUGUGUGCUACAGCGAGGAUGAGACUUGAGGAUGUUGUGCCGAGAUAAAUAGUUGCCAAGAGACAAACACUGUGUGCCUCCAGCCACGCAAGUCCCGAGAGCCGUCCCAGUCACAGAGACAGGAGGUGGAAGGUGGGUGCCUGCGGCUGCCGGGGGCGAGGAGCUGGUGUCAGUGGGGCUGGAGUGCCAGUAUUAUGAAGUGACGGUGGUGGGAAUGGUUCCACAGCAGCGAGAGUGUGCUCAGAGCCCCUGAGCUGGGCACUGAAAAAUGGCUCAGACAGUACAUUCUGUUACGUGUAUUUUACCACGAUUAGAAAUAAUAUUAAAACAGAUGAUAGGACUUAUCAUUUGCGUUGAGUUUACUACUAUCCAAAAAUUUUAAAGGAACAGGAAAUAGAAUAACAACUAAAUUCCCAGAAAUUUAUAAAAACGGGCUCUAGAUGAGUAUUUUUAUUUUAAACUUUGCUUCCCUCCUCUCCGUAUUUGUCCCCAUCAUUCCACCUCCUUUGAGAUGCCCUGGUUAAUUCAUGCACAGAAGGCCAAAAGGUACCGAGUGCCCACCUUGUCUUCAGCACGGGAGCGAAGAAGACAGAACCCGCCGGAGGGCCGGAGGGCCGUGCAGGAGCCCCUCUGCCUGCCCCUCACCAGGCCGCCUUCCCCGGAGGCCUCCCUGACAUCCCACACUCCACUUCCUUCAGUUUAUUUUCCGCUUUCGGCUUCCCGUCCCAACCCCUGGGCACCUUAGCACACCGGGCCCCAGGUGGGCACUAGCAGGCCCCGCCCACUGCUCCCAUCCCUGCAGACCAGGCACCCUGAGGGGCGGUGCUGGGGCCCGGGUGACACCGCGGGGGUCACGGAGCCGCACGGCUGCACCGCCUCCUCCCGCUGGCCCCGCCCACUGACCCCUCCCAGGACCACACUGCUGAGAGCCCCCCACUCGCCCGCCGUCCCAGGACCCCGUCUCCAUGAAGCUCUGCACAGCCCAGGGUCGGCUCUGAGCAAGCUUGGGGCCCUAGCGCCGUCAGCCACGCCACGCCCACGUCCCCGAGAGAGCCAAUCCUGAGCCGGGACGGCUGAUUGGCAUGCAGCGGAUCGACUGGGCCCAUCUGCCGCUGUGGGCGGGCCUAGGGGCGGAUCCGGAAGCGCCGCCGAGCUGCCAUCACCCCCGCGGGGGUCACGGCACCUGAGUGGAGGCGCUGCGGAGGCACGCUCAGCACGAAGAUCGGCCUCCGCCACCCGGAGAGCGGCCUGCGGGGCUGAGGGCGGCCCGUCCACCUGACUGCGGCUGUCUCCCCCAGGGGCCCUGGGAGCACGGCUUCCGCAGCGGCGACAUGGACCAGCUGGAGCCGUCCGCCUCCACCGCAGGAGACAGUGAAGUAAAAUGCCACAUGGGCACCGAGGAGGAGGAAGGGGAGCAGUUCGAAUUCGACAGUGGAGAUGACGCCCCAGAAGCAGACAGACCGGCCCCUGGCGCCCCCAUGGCCAGCACCCCACCAGCAGGUGCUGCCCGCGGCUCAGGAGGUGAGGACGGGUCGGGGGAUGACAGCAUGGUGCCACUGGAUCCGGCCGCCGUGUUGGUGCCCACAAGGGUCAACCCCUACUCUGUCAUUGACAUCACCCCCUUCCGGGAGGAGCAGCCGCCAUCCCCAGACCCAGAGGCUGAGGACGGGGGCACGAGCCUGCACAUACCCAGUGGGUACUCGGUUCCCGUGCCCUGCGGCUAUGCCGUGCCAUCCAGCCUGCCACUCCUGCUGCCCGCCUACUCCAGCCCGAUCAUCGUCCGUGCUGCGUCCCUGGACGAGGAAGAGAUGCUGGAGGCGGCAGAGGAUGGCCCGCGGGACCCCGUAGGUUCUGAGGCUCCAGCACACAGUGAAGGUGGAGUCCACGAAGAGGACAGUGCCCUGGCCCGGUGGGUUGCGGAUCCGGCCAACACCGCGUGGAUGGAGCAUCCUGAGGAAGCCAUUUAUGACGAUGUGCCAAAAGAAAAUUCAGACUCUGAACCAGAUGAAAUGAUCUAUGACGACGUGGAGAAUGGAGAAGAGGGCGGAAACAGCUCGUUGGAGUGCGGGUGGAGCUCCAGUGAGUUCGAGAGCUAUGAAGAGCAGAGUGACGUGGAGUGCGGGGGUGGGGUCCCCAGGCCCUUCUUGCGCAGCAGCCACAAAAAGCAACUCUCGCGUGACCUAGCCCGUUUCAAGGAGCGCUACGAGAGAAAGAUGAAGGGCUUGGUGGCGAGCGCGGCGGGAGCUGUAGAGAUUCAGCAGCUAAAGCAGAGACACGACCGGAAGGUGCAGAAGCUCGUCAGGGCCGCGAAGGAGGGCACCAAGGAUGGGCUUGAGAGGGCCUCGGCGGCUGUGAAGAGGGGGCGCUCCUUCAUUCGGACCAAGUCCUUCGUGUCUGCAGACCACAGAUCCUGUCUUGAGGAAGAACAGAGUUUGUUUAUCGACGUUGACUGCAGGCACCCGGAAGCUGUCCUGACCCCAAUGCCAGAAGGUUUGUCCCAGCAGCAGGUUGUGAGAAGAUAUAUCCUGGGUUCCAUCGUGGACAGUGAGAAAAGCUAUGUAGAUGCCCUGCAGAGGAUUUUGGAGCAAUACGAGAGGCCGCUGUGGGAGAUGGAGCCGCGGGUGCUGAGCGAGAGGAAGCUCAGGCUGGUGUUCUACCGCAUCAAGGAGGUCCUGCAGUGCCACUGCCUCUUCCAGAUGGCGCUGGCCAGCCGCGUGGCCGAGUGGGACUCCGUGGAGAUGAUCGGAGACGUCUUCGUGGCCUCGUUUUCUAAAUCCAUGGUGCUGGAUGCUUACAGUGAAUAUGUGAAUAAUUUUAGCACAGCUGUGGCAAUCCUCAAGAAAACGUGUGCUACGAAGCCUGCUUUCCUGGAAUUUUUAAAGCAGUGCGAAGAGUCGAGCCCGGACCGCGUCACGCUCUACAGCCUGAUGACGAAGCCCGUCCAGAGGUUCCCGCAGUUCAUCCUGCUGCUCCAGGACAUGUUGCGGAACACAUCCAAAGGACAUCCUGACCGGCUGCCUCUCCAGAUGGCGCUGACCGAGCUUGAGACCUUAGCGGAGAAGCUGAAUGAGAGGAAGCGAGCUGCUGACCAGCGCUGCGAGGUCAAGCAGAUAGCAAAGGCCGCCAACGAGAGAUACCUGAACAAGCUUCUCAGCAGCGGCAAUCGACACCUCGUGCGAUCUGACGACAUGAUAGAAACCGUUUACAACGACAGAGGAGAAAUUGUCAAGACCAAAGAACGCCGGCUCUUCAUGUUAAAUGAUGUGCUCGUGUGCGCCACGGUCAGCGCUCGCUCCACACACGACAGUGGUGCUCUGACAUCAACCUGCCAGAGGUAUUUGUUAAAGUGGAGUGUUCCUCUCGGACACGUAGAAGUGAUAGAAUACAGCGGCAACAAGGGCGCGGGAGAGAGCAGCAGGUGUCCCCCCGUGCACCUCGCCGAGAGCCUGGCCAAGCCAAGCAGAGCCUACGUGGGGCCCGGGCAACUGUACCAGGACUUACAGAACCUGCUGCACGACUUAAACGUGGUCGGCCAGAUGGCUCAGCUGAUCGGGACCCUGAGAGGGAACUACCAGAAUUUAAACCAGGCAGUAGCCCACGACUGGACAUCGGGUUUGCAGAGACUUAUUUUGAAGAAAGAAGAGGAAAUCAGAGCCGCCGACUGCUGCCGAAUUCAGUUACAGCUGCCGGGGAAACAGGACAAGUCUGGGCGGCCCACGUUCUUCACGGCUGUGUUCAGUACGUUCACCCCUGCCAUCAAGGAGUCCUGGAUCAGCACCCUGCAGAUGGCCAAGCUCGCCCUCGGGGAGGAGAACCACAUGGGCUGGUUCUGCGUGGAGGACGACGAGAACGAGAUCCGAAGGGAGCGACACCCUCUCCUCGUGGGACACGUGCCAGUGACGGUGGCCAAGCAGCAGGAGCUCAAGAUUGAAUGUGCUGCUUACAAUCCUGAGCCUUACCUGAAUGAUGAGACUCAGCCAGAUUCGUUGUCCACGGCUCACGGUUUCCUGUGGAUCGGAAGUUGUACCAGUCAGAUGGGUCAGAUCUCCAUCGUCUCAUUUCAAAGUGGCAACCCCAAAGUCAUCGAGUGCUUCAACGUGGAGUCUCGUAUCCUGUGCAUGGUGCACGUGCCAUCGGAGCCGAGGCCCGGCGAGCCUGGCGCCCCCUCAGAGCCCACGGCUGCGGCCAUGAGGGCGCGGGGCAUGCCCACCAUCUGCCUGGGGACCGAGGAGGGCAGCAUCUCCGUCUACAAGAGCAGCCACGGCUCCAAGAAGGCGCGGCUGCAGCACUUCUUCACCCCCGAGCGGCGCACAGUCAUGAGCCUGGCCUGCACGCCCCGCUGCCUGUAUGCCGGCCUCGUCAGCGGGGCGGUGGCCGUCUACACCAAGGUGCAAGAUGGAUCCUGGAAUUCCGAACCUCAAAAAGUCAUCAAAUUAGGCGUCCUGCCCGUGAGAAGCCUCCUGAUGACGGAAGAAACAUUGUGGGCAGCCUCCGGAGGCCAGGCAUUUGCCAUCAGUGUGGAGACCCAUGCUGUAGAGAACCAGCUGGAGGCCCACCAGGAGGAAGGCAUGGUGGUCUCACAUAUGGCCAUUGCUGGCGUGGGCGUGUGGAUCGCCUUCACCUCAGGGUCCACGCUCCGCCUGUUUCACACGGAGACGCUGAGGCAUCUCCAGGACAUCAACAUCGCCACCCUUGUGCACCACCUGCUGCCAGGGCACCAGCGGCUGUGUGUGACCAGCCUGCUCGUCUGCCACGGCCUGCUGAUGGUCGGCACCAGCCUGGGCGUUGUGGUGGCCCUGCCUGUGCCCCGCCUGCAGGGGGUCCCCAAGGUGACUGGAAGAGGCAUGGUCUCCUACCACGCGCACCACGGGCCUGUCAAGUUCCUGGUCACAGCCACAGCCAUCCUCAAGACCGACCAGGACAAGCCCAGGGACAGCCCAGCAGCACCCGGCGCAGAGCCCCCGGAUGGAGAUGAUAAGGAGGCGCUCCCCCAUGAGGACGCCGGGCCCUGCGCGAGUCAGGGGGGCCCCGCCACCCGGCUCAGGGGCUCACGGGGCUCAUCCUCGGCGGGGUCCCCGAUACCAGCACAGGGCUCCAGCCCCCUGGAGCCCAGGUCGGAGGGGAGCGCCACCCACGACCUCCUGCGGCACCCUGAUGUCCCGCCAGGCAGGGGCCGGCGAGCCCGUAGGGCGAAGGCCAGCUCUGUGCUGGUGGCGUGCGGGGGCCAGGGCCACCGGCGGGUGAGCAGGAAGGCCAGGCCGCACCGCCCGGAGGAGCUGGCCUCCUCCAUCAUGGUCUGGCAGAUCCCGCUGCUGAACGUGUGAGCCCCUCGGCUGACCUGACCGAUUCAGGCCGCGUCUACACAGUUCGGGAAAAGUCCAAAACCGCGUUUGGGGAAGAAACGUGCAAUAUCGCAGCGGUGCAUGCGCCUGCCUUUCAGCUCCUUCUGUCCUGAGCACAGUGGGGGACACAUGCUCCGGGGAGGGCGGGAUAUGGAAGCACGUUGGAGGGGCCUGAAGCCCCGGGCUGGAAGCUCUCUGCGUCCUCUGUUGCCGUCUGCGUGAGCGGGCGUGCCGCGGGCACACUCCUGUACCCCUUGCUGAGAAUUUGCAGACUAAGAAUUUGAGAAAAAAUAGGUCAUAUUCAGUAGUGUAGGAAAUUUAUUAACAACUCUUAAAACAAUUUUACUUGAUUCAGACUCACUGCUUUUAUUUAUAUUGUAUAUCUUUUAAUUCCAGAAUAUAAAUUGUAACAAUGAAGAAAGCCAGGUGAACAUACCAGUCCAGGUGGUGGUAUUUGCUUUCUGAAGUGCAUCUGGGUUUUCCAAAGUGGUAUAAUGUGUGUAGUGUAUAUUUUAACAAGGUAGUAUUUUUAUAUGGCCUUUUUCUAUUAAAACAUUAACAGUUAAUGUUUUAGUCAAUGUAUUACUUGUAACAUUUCACAAAUAAUGUUUGCUUUGAACCAAAAUGCUCAAUACCUGUGAAUAUUUACACUCAAGUGUCAAGGCCAAAAUAUCUUCCCUUCUCAGAGUAAAUAGCCUUAAUGUCUGUGUUAGGAAUGUGUGUGCUUCAGCUUUGUAGGGAAGGCACAGAAAGUGUCUUGGUGGAUUCUUCCAUCAGUUUCUUCCGGAGCGCUGUCUGACCAGAGCACUGUUUUUGACAUGCCUUCCAAACGACUCCUGGCGCUCGGCAGUGUGGGUGCCCCAUUGCUGGUAGGGGGACACAGGCCGAGGGAGGUGACACAGGACCAGCACAACCCGUCACUCAGCUGUGUCUUCUGCAAACUUGCAAGCUUGCACUCUGACGCGUAGAGCCAGCUGUGCGAGUCAUCCGUGCCUUCCGUCAUGACCAGUGUGUUCAUGUAUUGAUGUUCUACUUACUGGCUGGAUAAAAGCAAAAACCUGAUGCAGGCAUUCACUGGAAGUACAUUUUUCAGCACUUUAUAAAUGACUAAAACUGCUAAUUUUAUGAUUUAGCCAAAUGUUUUCCAAGCUGCAUAGAUAUCCCAGCCCCGGGUGAGUCCUACCUCCCCACGCUUUCUUAAACUGUUAGCUGCCCUCGUAUUUCAUAAAUAAAGUCUUUUUAUUUAAACACA